AUGCGCGACUCCAAUGAUGAUGAUCCCUACGAGUGGGACGUCGAAAGACUCGCCUCCGAACUAGGCCGUGAGGGAAGCUUCUGGGGCUCGCUGAACCCUGCAAAGAGACCGGAUGCUGAGGCUCUUACUCGGUCCUUGAGACUUCAUGAGGUAGAUGGAGAGGUCCUGCUCAGCUGGGAGGAUGAGUUCCAAAACCUUGACACCUUGUUCUCUGAUCUCGGGCUCAGGAAGUCCAUCCACAAAUUCGCGCUCAAAAAAGCGAUUGCAGCUCUCAAGAAGCGCAGUCCGACCUACAGAAAGGCUCAAGCCCAGCGUGCCCAAAGCCAGACCCCCGAACCAACACAGCACGCCGAAGAUGCGGAGAUGCACAGUAUGCAGCCUGGUGUCUUCGAUAACGUCACAGACACGGCGGCCAUGCCUGCAGCCUUGAUCCCUACGGACACCAUGAACAAACCUGCCCCGUUGGCAGCUGCCCCCAAAGGCAGCAUGACUUCUCCGUCGGGUCAACCGCUUUCACUUGAGCCCACACAGAAGAAGAGGAGGCUGGCACCAGAGCUCAUCUCAGCAAACGUCAAAGGCAAUGGCCUCCCAUCCGCUGCCGCUACUGUGGCCGCCAACUCGCAGACACACAACGCUCUCUACCUACGGAACAACAAGUUCACAACAAGCGCGACUGUGCAUCAUUCAGACUUGGACCUGCUUACGCUUCAAGACGAUACCGCAGAUCAUGCUUCAGUACAGUUUAAUUGGGUGCGACCCAAGUACAUCCCGCCUGGAACACGUCUCCAGAUCAACCGUGCCAUGAAGAGAUUGUUCCGGACUAACAAUGAGUCACUUGCCCAGUUGGCGUCCGGAUUCGUACCACAGCUCGAAUACCCUCAGCUUUCGGACGAGUCUGCGGAAGACGAGUUGCUCCCCCUAUUUGGAGACUCUGGUGACGAGGCAGAGUAUGAUGCUGACACCCUGAGAGAGAUGGAAGAAGAGGCCAACGAGGCCCAAAAGCCCCCAAAAUCCCUCUACCUUAGUAGGGAGAAAGUCGAGGCUAUUCUUCACGAAUUCGUUCAAGCCGUCGUGUCUUCAUGGACCAAUACCAAACUCCCUCGCCUGCAGCAUAAGGCCCACAUGCUAUGGAAUCAAGCACGCCGCAAUGACCGCAACCGGCACAUAAACCAAGCUGUCUUGCGCGUUGCUGAUCUUGACCGUCGUAUUGCAAAGUUGCGCGCCGAGAUCCUGAUACAAGACUGGUCUAAUCCAAGCCAGCUCCGUUACCAGGCGCGAUGUAUGGAGGCCAGCUUAGAAGACCGAGAGCACCAGUCAUGGCUGGCUGACAUGCUCAAAGGUCGCGAGCCACCUAAGAUCAAGCCCCUAUCUCGGUCCCACGUAUCCGUGAUUCCGAAGGCCAUAAACUUUUACCCGGAUGAAGAAGGCGAUCUGAUCACAAGCGAGGCAGAGGACAGUGAUGGCAGCAAUGACUUUGUUGUCGACGAUGAGAUGGAAAUCCUGUCGACCCAGCAGCUGGUGUCCGCCAAAGAAAAGCCUUGUGGUUCCACAGAAGUCGAAUCACCAAAGUCUCCAGUCGCUGCCGUUGGCAACCCAACUGCACUGACCCCGAUGCGAUCCCCCCAGCCCAAAGCCGAGUUCACACCCCAGCGAAGCGCUUUCAUCGAUCUUACGGCAGCUGAUCGCAUCAUCACGGGCACCGCCCGUCGAACAGCCUUUGGCGAGCGGGAUGUGAUCAAUUUAGUGACACCCGAGAAACCUCGGUCCCUGGCACCGUGGGAAUCAGAUGACAGUGGCCCAGCCGAACCGUCCUUGAGUGCUCGACAUGACGAGCUUGACAUACCAUUCGACCGACCGCAAGAUAUAGCAGCCGUCAGACUUCAGACAUGGGAGGCAGCUAGAGACUCAAAACGGCUCACAAUCGCUUUCCUCUGGCACCGACAGGAGCCCUGGAGGGAUGUCAUAUUCGAUUUCAUAACAUCAGAGCAUCCUGAUGAUCUAUGGCGCGGUCUCAUCCUUCCGGCCUGCACGGCAGGGGGUUUCGCUGCUCAUGGUGAACCUCGUGCACCAGAAGGGCUUACCAGGAUUCGCAACAUUCUCUGCCGACUGUUUUGUCAGUACUUGUCGUGCCAUUCCAUUCAGCGCCUGAAUGGAAUCGGGGAGGAAGGCAAGCUGCUGAUUCUGCGCAACCUGAAAGCCUUGGCCGACUUUUGCCAGUUCCUCGCGCAGCACGUCAUCCCCUACUUCCCCAGGGUCAACGCGCAGCGCGGCCAACCGCUGACUUUGGCUGGCGAGUGGUCGGGGGAAGAGGAAGAGGAAGAAGAAGAAGAGGGAAGAGAAGCCUCUGGAGACGAAAACUUGGCCGGAAACGAAAAGCAGGCCCAGGACGAGGAGCGCAGGCUAAAACUGCAGCAAAGGCUGGCCGCGUCGGCUACCAUUUCCGGGGACCGUUCGCGCCUCAUCAUCAACGUGAGUAAAAAGGGAGACGACGACAAAGACUUUGUUUACGUCAACGACGAAAUAGCCAGGAGGAUCAAAGACCACCAGAUCGAAGGUGUCCGAUUCAUGUGGAACCAAGUCGUCGCAGGAAAACAAGGCUGUCUGCUGGCUCACACCAUGGGCCUGGGAAAGACGAUGCAGAUCAUCACGCUUCUCAUUGCCAUCACCGAAGCGUCAGCUUCGCCUGAGCCGUCCAUUCGAGCGCAGAUACCGAAGCGACUUCAGCGAUCGCAAACCUUGGUCAUCUGUCCUACCGGUCUCGUGGACAACUGGAGGGAAGAGCUCACGGCCUGGGAUAAGCAUAGCGUCCUUGGUGAACGCUACACUGUUGAUUCGAAGCAGGACAGCGUCACAAGGACGAGCACGUUGCAGGAGUGGGACGUUCGUGGUGGCGUCCUGAUUCUCGGGUACGAUAUGCUGAGGAGCUUGGCUCGCGCCGAUGAGAGAUUCAAAAAGAUUCUUACAGACAGACCCAACAUUGUGGUGGCAGAUGAGGCGCAUCGCCUGAAGAAUCAAAAGUCGAAACUCGCGGCGAUUGGUUCACAAUUCCAGACUCCGAGCCGAAUUGCCCUGACGGGUUCCCCUCUGGCCAACAACGUGGGCGAAUUCUAUUCCAUGAUCGACUGGGUCGCUGACAAUUACCUGGGCCCAUUGAAGGAGUUCAACGCCUACUAUGCCCUUCCCAUCCAGGAAGGGCUGUACGGGGACAGCUCGCAUGGCGAAUACCGCUUGGCCAAAAAGAGGCUCGCCAUCCUCGAAAAGACUGUCGCUCCCAAGACACAUCGUCUCACGAUCAAAGCCUUGAAGAACGAGCUCCCGGACAAGGUCGAGUUCUUCCUCACGGUUCCUCUGACUCCUCUUCAGGAGGAGCUUUACGACCUUUACCUGGUCAAGGAAAAGAACAUGCCGCGUGUUCCCCAGGGUGGCGAUACCACCCAGGACAAAUCGAUUACGCCUGCCUUCCUGACGAAGAGCGUAAAGAUUUUGAAUCGGUGUCGGGAUCUGAAUGACAUUGGUCUUUCAUGGAAGGUCAAGGUCCUUAUUGCUAUAUUGGACGAGUGCCGGAAACACAAGGAAAAGGUGCUCAUCUUCAGCCAAUCGAUUCCUACCAUUGACUGGCUGUCGACGCUCUUCCAGCAGCAGCAACGGCCUUACAGCAGAUUGACAGGCGAUACCUUGCCAAGCAUACGUCAGAGCAUGGUUAAGAACUUCAACGAAGGCGAUAAUGAAAUCUUCGUUAUCUCUACGCAAGCUGGUGGUCAAGGACUCAACAUUACGGGGGCUAGUCGAGUGGUCAUAUUUGAUUUCAGGUUCAAUCCGAUCGCCGAACAGCAAGCCAUCGGAAGAGCAUACCGCAUCGGACAGUCCAAGCCCGUUGUGGUGUACCGAUUCGUCUCUGGUGGCACGUACGAGCAGCAUUUGUACAACAAGGCCGUCUGGAAGAUGCAGCUUGCAUCUCGCGUGGUUGACAAGGACAAUCCCAAACGCUGGUCGACCAAGACGAAGGAUGCGUUCACAAGGAAUUACAAGGCGCCAGAACAAAAAGACCUGACGGAAUUUCUCGGUAGAGACUCAAUUUUGGACAGUGUGCUCUCUUCGCCAGCCUUUGCCUCAGCGAUCCGGUCCAUCAUCGUCACCGACACAUUCGAGGAAGAGGACCCCAAUGACUACAUCUUUGACGCUCAAGAAAACCAAGAAGUUGAGAUGAUGUACGGCGCCAUCACGUUCCUCGACGAAGUGCAUGCCGUCGGCAUGUACGGCCCGAGCGGCGCCGGCGUGGCCGAGCACCUCGAUUUCGAGACGUACAAGCAGGGCGGCGACACGCGCGGCACGAUCCAGGACCGCGUCGACAUUAUCACGGGCACGCUCGGCAAGGCCUACGGCUGCGUCGGCGGCUACAUUGCCGGCAGCGCGCGGCUCGUCGACAUGAUCCGGUCGCUGGCGCCGGGCUUCAUCUUCACGACGUCGAUGCCGCCGGCGACCAUGGCCGGCGCCAAGACGGCCAUCGAGUACCAGAUGGGCUACAACGGCGACCGCCGCCUGCAGCAGCUGCACACGCGCGCCGUCAAGGAGGCGCUCGGCGAGCGCGACAUUCCCGUCAUCCCGAACCCCUCGCACAUCAUCCCCAUUCUCGUCGGCAACGCCGAGCUCGCCAAGCGCGCCUCGGACAUGCUGCUCAGCGACUACCAGAUCUACGUCCAGUCCAUCAACUACCCGACCGUGCCCGUCGGCCAGGAGAGGCUGCGCAUCACGCCGACGCCCGGCCACACGAGGGAGUUCCGCGACCAGCUCGUCGCCGCCGUCGACGCCAUCUGGACCAAGCUCGACCUCAAGCGCACGUCGGCCUGGGCUGCCGAGGGCGGCUUCAUCGGCGUCGGCGAGGCCGAGGGCGCCGCCACGGAGCAGCCGCUGUGGACGGACGGCCAGCUCGGCAUCGAGGCCGCCGUCGACGCCAUCAAGGCGUCGGGCCACGGCGCCGCGGGCCUCACCGAGGCUCUCCUCGCGCGCGAGGCCACGGCCUAG